UAUAAUAUUUACGCUUACCGCAGUUACAUUAUAUCAAGUAGUUCCGGUUAGCUCUGAAUUAUACCACACCCCAUUGUGGUCUGACCUAUAUCGCAAAUUAACUGAAGCUCUAGGUAGUGAUAGUCAUGAUUGAUUUCUCUUCGAAAAGUACCGUCUUUAAACCAGAAACUUGGAACGAAAAACUGCCGAUAGAUGUGUUUAUUUCAGCUCCUAGUUCGGUGUUCAUUAUUUGCAUACACACCCAGUUGUAACUUCUUAUGCAUGAACUUGAGCCACCAUGGACGGCAUCUUGAAACCACUCAAGACAUUGGAAGACUGGAAUGAAGCAAUGGAUGCUGCCAGGUUUGAUUGCAAUCAUGCUAUGGCACAGAUCGCUCCCAUCAGCAAGAGCAAGAUUAGGGCAUCCAGGAAAAUGGCGUUUCUCUCUGCAUUUCCAACAGUCGUCAAAUCACAACAAGCCAACUGUGAAGUUAAACGCACCGGAAGUCAACCUAAGAAACACGAGUCGAGAUCCGGACCAAGUACAGAUCAGAAAAUCCAGUUAUUUGUUCGUAGCUCAGUCGCAAAAACUAUCAGUCUACGAUUAUUGGCAUCCACAUCAAUACGCAACCUGAAAGGAAUACUGCAAGAAAAAUCAGGAAUUCCACUGGAGAAGCAGUAUCUUUACACCAUGAAGGGUCUACUGCUUUGUGAUGCACUGUCACUGGAGGACCAUGGCUUAGAGUGUGAUGCAAACUUGGAGCUGCAACUCGUUCCCGGUUUGAUGGGCGGUGGUAAGAAACGUAGGCCUAAAUCAGGAGGGCAGAAAAAGUCUGAGCCGACGCCACCACCACAAGGUGAGAAUGUUCAUGGUGGUCAGUCUGAGAUGUCGCCACGGCAAGAAGAACCUCCACCGGGAGCUGCCUCGGCUGACAGUAUUAAUUGUCAGUCUGAGCCAACGGCACAAGAAGAUACACCAAGCGGGGCCUCCUCAGCUGAAAGUGCUCCACAAUCCAGCCCUUCUCCUCCAGCAAGCAAAUAUCACCAACAACCAGUAUUCAAUCUCAACUUUAAUAAAAGUGUCGUUACAACUGGACCGAGUUCGGGUAAUACUUAUAAUUUCGGUACCCCAAUAACAGCUGACGUACAAAGACACUGCGAGAUAGAUAAACCACUAAAUGAGCGCCUACUUGGCAUGUUACAAGCACUGCUGUUCAAUGAGUACACAAUGAUGAACGGAUUGAGGAACUUAUUUCGCACAGUCGAAGCUCAGCUUGCAGACAUUGUGCCUGGAUCGGUCAAAUUGAUUGUUCAUGUUGCCAGCCGAGAAGGUCUGGAUAAGCUCUGGGCUAUGUACCAGUCUGGAGAGCUCGAAAAAAGACUCACAGAAAUUCUCAUCACAGAUGAACUGAUGCAAUCGGAGACCAAGAACGGUAUUACUCUCAAAGUGACGAUGAUGGAGAGUGAUCACAGAAAGGGAUGCGAAUGGUUUGAAUCAAUCGAGGAGAAGUUACCUGAGCGUAUGGCAAAUUGGACGGCAGGCCACGUGAAACACUGGCUUCUGGAUAUUGGAGUAAAGAAGCACUUCGUUGAAGAACUUUACCAUGAAGGAUUUGAUGGCAAGGCCUUGCAGAGUUACACACGGGACCAAUUAUUGGAAGAUUUCACCUUGGACAAAAUAGGGUCUCGUCUAAUCUCAAACGGUAAAGAAGUCUGGUUGAAAUCCGUAAACAGACAGUCUGGAAAACACAAAAAAGUCACGAAGGUGGACAGAGACGAAUCGGGUCAAACGGGUAAAGGGCUCCCUCUCCAGACUACUGAUGUCACGAUAAGAGCCACCGAUGGUACAUCCAAAGAUGAAACAGACACUCCACGUGAUAAACCAAAUCAGAAGACUCAUUCAAUGCACAGCGAAAGUACACAAGUGUUUAACCCUCCCUCGACCACCCAUUCACAAACCCCAAAAUUCCCAGAUAAACACAUCCCAAAAUUCCCAGAUAAACACAUCCCAAAAUUCCCAGAUAAACACAUUGAACCGUCAUCCAAACACCGUGAGAGCUCUCCCGUCACGAAGCAAGUUGAUGCUGGAAAAACUUGUCCAACUACAAAACCAGUUGGACAUUGCAAACCAACAUCGCUUGACGAAGCUGAGAAAAAAUCCCAACCAUCGGUCCGGCCAAAGCAGCGGGUCACCCCAUUGAAACAAAAGCAACAACCCAUGGCCAGCGAUCAAAAGAGUACAACACCGAUCAAUCCCAGCCUCCAGCAUCCCACAACAAGUCAAGAGGAGCUUGUAUUUGAAGAAGGGCAUUCAGCACAAACCCCGAGUUCAAUUCCUGUUCAAUCAGACUGCAAAACUACUGAAAUCUCUCCGGGGGUAUUAAAGAGAAGGAAGGAGACAGCAUCUACAUCUACUUCAGAAAAAGAAACCGACGUAAAGAGCCAAAUUGGUCAGAUUCAUGAUGAGAGUGGAGCUGAAGGUUCCUCGGCUGCAAUAGUUUCACUGAUUGAAGCAAGCAAUACAUCCGCAAGUAAAGAUGUGGCUCCUGUGGUUCCCUUCAGCAAGCAGAAGAUGCCACACAGGCCGAUGAGACUGCAGUCCAAAGAAUCGCAUGCCGAAGAGCCCAGGCUUCGUAAACUACUUACAGGUGAUGAACACGGUGAACUAGAUAAGUCAUUCUAUCCAGUGCUCAUUGUGAAUAAACCGCCAGAGUCCGUUAUGCCAUCUGAAGCUGGUUUGGAACAAGCCUCAAUUGUUCAACAGUUUGGUUUUAUCAAUGGUAUUCAAUGGGUAACUGUGCUGGACUUUAAUUCCAAAUCCCUGGUGAAUGGCCUUUGUAAACUUUACCACGACGAGCGGAUGGUCACAUUACAGCAACCCGAGUUGUUUAAAAACGUUAAGUCGGAUGUAGAGUUGGCAAGCAAAAUCGAAUUUCCUGAAAAAACACUCUGGAUUUUUACGAAUGGACGGGAAGACGACCCAAGUUUUGCAACUCCUCGAAUGAAUCUAAAGGACUGGAACAGAGAACGUAGCAGAGACGUCGAGGCGUGUAUUACUUUCUUCUCCAAACUAAUAUCUGAAGGCCGUGCCGUCAUAUUGUUCCUUAUACUCUCGGAUGAUGAGAUUGAUAUUAUCUGCGACACUUUCAGGAAGAUCUCAUCCUCCUUCCAAGGCUUGCAGGCGAACAUCGCGUGCAUUGCUGAGGAUCCAGAAUCAUAUGCCAAGUUUGUAAGUGGUGUGAGUAGAUGGUUCUCUGAAGAAGAAAUCAACCAGAUAAGUGUCGUUGGUUUGACCUGGGAAGAUAUCAACCGUAUCAUGAUGCGAAUGGAAGGCAUCCACCAAACCAUGGACCACGAGCUACCUUGCCCAGGAGGUCGACCAUCCUGUUUCCUCUCCGACAAACAAAGAGAAGAAUGGAAUGACAUAACAGUCAUCUACAAGAACGAAUGUGAAAAUACAGACAUGGACGAAUCAAACCCAGGCUACGAAAAAUUCGCACAACGAAAGGAGUUAAGUUUUUACCAUGGAGAAAAGGUUGACUGGUGGACCUUUGCACUGGGCGAUAAACUGAUCGGCGGAGGUUGCGGGCAUGUCCUGAAAAGAAAAGGGUUUGGCGAACUCUUGCAAAAGAUGAUUAAACCAUUGAACAGUCGUAAGUUCAAUGACAGUAAAAUUGUCACAGUGACCUUGUUACAUGAACCGGGUGCAGGCGGUAGUACCUUGGCUCGCCAUGUGUUUUGGGAACUGCACAGAGAACACCGUUGCAUCGUAAUCAACAAGGUUACCAACAAUACUGUCAACCAAGUAAUGGAGGUUCGACGCUAUGGUUAUGAAAACCGAGAUGCAGAGGAGAUUCCUCCCAUUUGUGUACUUGUUGAAAACCUAGAUGAUAUGGAGCUUACUGAUCUGAUAGCAGAACUUGAGGAAGUGUCCAAGGGCAUAGACGUGGGACACGGUGCUGUUUGUGUUCUUCUCCACUGCAAACGAAGUGUGAUGUCCUUCAAAAUUACCCAAGACAAGUCCAGUCUCGAGGUUGCGUUGUAUCAUAAACUGGACCCAAGUGAAAAGGCGUGGUUUCAACGAAAGUAUACUGAAUUGGAAGACAAGGAAAAGAUGUUACAGACUGGGGAGUUUAAGCCAGAUAAUCUCCUAGCUUUCAUGGUCAUGAAGGAAGAAUUCAACACGGACUAUAUAAAAAAUGUUGUCUCGCGGAUACUUCUUGAUGUCAAGAAUGACGAACUUUUGCUCAUCAAAUACUGCGCAUUCCUGAAUUCCUAUAGACCUGACUCUGUAAUACCAAUCUCGUGCUGUGACUCAAUGAUGGGUAAAAACUCUCCCUUAAUGCGACUGGGAGGCAGAUCUCAUCAUAUCUCGUCGCCCCGGCAGCCCUGGGAAAAAUUGGUUUCCCCAUCAUUCAAUAUCAUGGUGUUAAGACAGGACAAUGGAAUAAAGAUUUUCCAUAAAAACAUAGCAGAAGAGGUUCUGGGUCAAAUUAUGCAGCAGAACGGGAAUCAAUCCCGGUUUGACGUCACCAAAGAGUUUUUAAACAGUGGGUUACUGAAGUCCAAGUCAUACAGUCGGCAAUACCUCUUUAAAACAACCCAAGACCUUCUCAUCCGAAGAACCAAGCUGCCAAACGAAACCAAGACGGAUUUUUCUGCUCUCAUUGAAGCUGCUAUACUCUCUGAAGGAUCACAAGCAGCAAUUACAAUACUCAAACUCGGAUUUGAAAUACUUGGUAAUCCCUUUGUUGCACAACAGAUUGCUAGAUUGUAUCUGAAAGAGUUAGAGUUUGAUAAAGCAAGCUCUUACGCUGAUAAAGCUUUGGAGCUGGAUUCAAAGAACGCUUACUUUUUGGAUACUAAGGGAAGAAUCCUAAAGAAGUAUUUGACAAAUCUCUCGCAGCCACUCUUAGAUGAACAACAGGUCAUGGAAGAUGACGUUUGCCGUGAUUUCACAUCUAAGUCAUUCGAAGCCAUGGAGGUCUUCCGUGAAUCUUACAAGGUAUCCAAAGAGAAUAUGCAAACUGAAUACACAGGUUUGUAUGCUGUGGUUGACGUAGCUUUCAGACUGCUGAAGGUUAUUUACACGUGUGUGGAACCACUGAGAACCCAUGGAGGCAAAACCCAACAGACCAAACUUGCUUUGAGUCCAGAGCUUGAAUCCACACUUGACAAGCUUAAGAACCGAAUAGAAUUUGUUCUGAACUUGAUGGAUGACAUAACUACCUACUACAAAGACGGUUCGCAUGCACAGGUGGCUAAAAAGACACUGGAUGAAGUGAAGGAGUACCUGAGAGAGUACACAAGUCUGUAUGAGAAAUACUUUGCAGACGCACUGUCGGGUAAUUAUGGAUACCCGGUUCCCACCAAUGUGUUUGAAGAGCGCCGUUUCAAAGUCAAACAAUUAAAGUGUAACCAGUUCCGUGAUAUCUUUGACCUAGCUCGAGCAAAGAACGAUAACAUUCUGCUACAAGCUCUUCAACUGUUAGAGCAGAAUUCAAGUGAUUACAGUUUUUUUGAUUUGAAAACUCAGAUUCUUGUUCAUCUGGCUCUGUCCUCCAUGGGUAAGCCGGUAAUGAAAGCUGACGAUGUGUAUCAGAAGUUCGUUCGACCCCUUUUUAAGGAAAGAGACCAAGAUGGCAAUUUCUACCCUCCGUUCUUCAUGAUGAUGUUCUUAUGGCCAUUAGAGGGCGUCGAAUCAGAGAGAAAAGAUAGGAACGACUUGUCUUACUAUUCUUGUGAAUUGACAAAGCGUGGAGACAACGGAGGCCAAGAGCGAGUGAAACGCCAUGCAAAAUAUAACAUGAAACCUCGGACAUACUUCUUCCUUGGUCAAGGUAAAGAUCUGAGGGUGUUCGUUCACAUCAGCGAAUUGCCAUAUGCAGCUCAACACAAACUUGACAAAAACGAUAAAGACGGCACAUUUUGGCAUUCGGAUUUUGUCAGGAAAAGGUUGCUCCGUCUGAAGGGUGUCCUUGUAAGUCCCAUGUACCUAGUCUACCGGUCACCCAAAGGGGAGGAUAUAAACAUCAAGCUAGCCGUGCCGUAUACGAAACGCACUCCCAGCCAAGAGAAGGUGGAAUUUUAUCUAGGGUUUAGCUGGGUCGGACCAGUCGCUUAUGAUGUCACCGCAAAAAACAAGAGACAUGAAGAUACCGUACUGCGUUUUCACGAAGCCUAUCCGAAACACAUUCUGCCAAAUGAAUCGUCAAGAAGGUCUGGAAAAUCGGACUCGUUGGGCAUCAGCAAGCUGGAGAGAAAACGCCAGGACUUGCAUAUGGAGUUACAAACAUUGGACAAGCAGGGAAUCAAGACUGCAGAAACCAAACGGAAAAGAGAGGAAAUCCUUCGUAAGUUGAUGAAAACGCAAGCGGAUCUGAAUGAAGCUUUAGUGAAGUUGGAGGACUCGUUUGAAGACGAUGCAUUUUAAACGCGAGUUAAGCCUCAAGAUGGUCUAUCUGGCCCUCAUCCUCGUUGAAGAUGGACAUAAUUCCACUGUAAAUAAUUUGGUAAACUCUUGGGUAUUAUACAGAAUCGGUAAGAAAAAAAACAACAUCAUUGUUCAAUGAAAGCUUAUCUGAUUACAAAGUUCGUAAUAGAAUCCUUUCUUCUGUAAAAUAUUCCCCAUGCAAAUAGCAUACUCGAAAACAUUUUUACCUGAAAAUCCUCGAAAACGUAACGGAUGGUUUUGAUAGUAUGCCAAAAACUAUGAAUGUUUUUUUUACUAUUAUUCUAGACUCACACAACGGUGUAAACUCAAAUGUUCACAGGUGUGUUGUAUAUCACGUAUUGUUUGAUCACAACAUUUGCCCUACCAGCUGUUCAAUAUCCUUCUCUACCAAUACUGUUUUCUAUCAAAAGCAAGCGUGUGCACUGUUUGGAGAAAGGCACAGCUUGUGUUGCCAAAAAUGUUGAGAUUAAGCCCUCAAAACUCUCCUGCAACAAGGCCAUCAUCAAAGCCAUCUUGUCAGAUUCUUUAUAUGAACAAUGACACCGAUAGUUUGCAUUCUCAAUUUAUAAAAGGGAUCAUGCAGACUAACUUUCAUUCCAGUGUCACAAGUGCCUUAUGCGAACACUUAGUUAAAUAUUUCAGAGUAUGUGCAACUAUUAUUGUUGUUACUGUAUUUUAUGUGUGCAAGUUUGCCUCUUUAAAUUAAUUUAGUUCCUUUAAGUUUACUGUUUCCCAAUAACGAGGGCGCCAAGUAAGAGAGGGCAGAAGUUAGUGUGGGGCUAUUAAGAUAAUAAUAAUAUAUAUAGACUUUCAUCACUGCAUUCUGAUCAAAAAGUCGAGUUGAAACACGGUUCUUUUCAGAACCAAACCUUCUCAAUGGGAGACUUUCAGGACGCUUGGUGGCAGCAGACUUACAAGGUAAA